UCAGCUGCAUUCAUUUGUUUUCAUUGCAAGCAUUUGUAUUUCCCUGUUUAAUAGAGUUUCCCAAUCCACAAAUGCUCACCGACAGAGUUCUUACCACCAAGGAGGCGCUAGUGGUGGCUCUGGGCGACAACUGGGAGCGUUACCGGGCCAACAUGAAGAACUGGUUCCGCAGCCGUUGGUCCAAGGAGGAAUUCGAUGCGGAGUCGCGAAAAAUCCUUACCCCGGAUAAACUGCAUCUGCACAAUCAGUUCCUGCUCGCGUUGCUCAACAAGAUCGACGCCUUCGCUCCGCUGGAGAAUCCUCCGGCUGUCCAAACCAGCAGCAGCAGUGGAAACCGAAGCAAACGGCGUAAGAGAAGUUCCCGCACCUUUGCCGAGCGCCUUAACUUUGAGCUCUGCGACGUCCUGGAGUUUGUCACCGAGGACAACAUGCAAAUCAUCCGUCCGCCGUCCACAAUCGGUGGACCUUCGGAGCAGCAGCAGCAGCAGCUCCAGUCACAGCGCUACUGCGCCCAGGAACUUUUCCUGCCGGAUGCGGGAUUCAUUAUGGGACGAUUUCUGAUCGGCGCCUGGGAAAUCGGACUCGUUUCCGUGGACGACAAUGUCGCCGAGUACGUUGCCAUGGCCGUGCAAGUUCUGCUCAAGGAUCUGCUAUCGGCCAUCAUCAAGAAGCGAAAGCACUACAAGACCAGCGGCGAGGGAAACUUUUACUACGAUGUAGGUGCGCCACUGCGUGAUCCUUCGCUGCGCAACACAGUCACCCGCCAGAAGGUGGACGACACGCCGCUGGAACUGGACAAGGAGCUGAAUACGGCCAACUUUAUGCGGCGACAGAAUGACGAUGUGACCUUUCUUUCCGCCUGUGAAGAAGUCCAACCCACCGAACGCACAGUUAUCACUCUCAAGGACUGUCAACUGGCCUUCCGGGAUCGCAACCUGAUCGGCUCCCAUGCCGUCUACUCCAUUAACAUGGAACGACUCAACAUGAUGAUGCAUUAGUUUAUUAGUUGUACCUAUUUUAAUCAACUCCUGUAAAAAUAUAUACAUUUUACGCUUA